GGAGAAGUUUAGAGGGAAACUCAUUAUGUUUGUGGGUGAUUCUUUGAGUCGAAAUCAAUGGCAGUCACUGACCUGCCUCCUCUACACUUCUCUAACACCACCUAUGUCCAGUUACAACCAAACCAGGGUUGGUGAUGUCUCCACAUUCACGUUCAAGGAGUACGAUGUGAAAGUGAUGUUGGACCGCACAGUUUAUUUGGUGGAUGUAGUGAGAGAAGAGAAGGGUAGAAUCUUGAAAUUGGACUCCAUUGAGGGAGGGAAGAUAUGGUCUGGAAUUGAUAUGCUCAUCUUCAACACAUGGCAUUGGUGGAACCGCAGAGGAAUUUCUCAGCCGUGGGAUUACAUAAAAGUUGGAGACCAUUAUUAUCGAGACAUGGAUCGCAUGGUUGCUUUUGAGAAGGCAUUGAACACAUGGGCCAAUUGGGUGGAUGAAAACAUCAAUCCCUCAAAAACAAUGUAUAUGUUGGCUGGCAGUGGCACAGACUGGGAUGAACCGGGCGCCAAGAGUUGCAUAGGGCAGAAAGAACCACUAAGUGGAUCCAAAUAUCCCGGGGCUUUGCCGCCUGCGUUAACAGUGCUGAAGAAGAUUGCUGUCCCAGAAAUGGCAAGUGUACAUCUUAGUGAACUCUUGGACCUGGGUGUGGGGAUGGUUGUAGCAGCGAUUGGCUCCAUGGGUUGGUCCAGCAGGUGUGUUGAGCUUAUUUUGCUGGUUGUGCUUGUUUUCUUACCCUUAACAAUAUUCCACUGGUUGGCCCCAUCUUCUUUCUGUUCUGCCUUCUUGCUCUUGCCGGAAUUUGCCUUUCCGGGGAUAAUAAGAUCCUUAUCUCCAAUCCUUAGGUGCACUGAAUUAGGAAAAGCGCCUGAGGUCCUACAAGUGGUAUCAGAGCCAAGGUCACGAGUUCGAUUCCCAGCGGGAGCAAUUGCUGAGGGGGAGAUUGUUGGCCAUGUGUGCAGCAAUUAUCCCGUGGUGGAGGCUAUGUGGGCCAAGUCACAAUCGAAUGUCGUGGGCGCUUGUGUGCUGAAUGCACUAUAAGGCUAAGAGCAUAUCAGUCAUGGUAACAAAAAUAGAUUAUUCAAAUUGGUUUUAAUAAUGGAACAAGAAACUAAAUGGGACAUAUCCUUCCUUCAGCACACCGCCAUGCUCCGAGACCUUCAAAUGGGCUUCGGCAUAGUCAACAAAGAAAGCAUCCUCAUCUGCAGCAUAUUACUCCGUGAGGGAGCGGAAAGCAAGAUAACCUUUCAGAAGAACCAUAGAGCAACCUUCUUUUUCAAUUUUUAUUAUAUUUACCAAUGAGUGGCCAUCAGAUAGAGCAACAAUAAUGUCCUCGUCACUCAGCCCUAUUUGAUCUCCAAAGACGAUCUUAAGGUGAUCAAGGGCUUUAGUAACGACCUUAAGGAAAAGGGAUUGCCUUAUCCAGCCUCCAAGCAUGGAAUGGAACUUCAGGGCCACCAGUAAUUUUAACAACCACAACUCCAGCUAACUUCUAAAAGUCAGUAUGUGAAAUGAUGGGAAAAUGCUCCUUAAGUGGAUCCAACCGCCUAACAGUAAUGUCAAGGCCAUUGUUUGCUCCGUUUUAAGCUCAUCGAGGUGUUUCAUUGUGCCAAAGGGACCUCCCAUUUUACAUUUCACAUCAUAUGUCCCUGAAUUAAAGAAAAAAAGUAGCUUAGAAAUUAAUUAACUACUGCGGG